CACAACAAAACUCUAUUCUGCGCUGUUGUUUUGGGCGAAUUAACGUCCAGCAACGGUUGGCCGACAUUGUUUUCACCCGAAAACUAGAAUAGAACGGAUUUAGACUGAGAAGACAGGACAGAAGGCUAAAGGACAUGAACCGUUAACAUAAAUACAGCUCCCCGAGGCUGCGCGCGCGUCCCGGCAACGGAAGUAGUUGCUGUAUAUAGCUUCCUCAACUGAAGCUAAACACUGAAUCCUAACUUUUUUUUAACUAAAAUGUCGGUAUGUUGCGUGUCUGGCUGUAAAAAUCGACCAACGUCCACCAGUAACCUGAAAUUCUACGGAGUAACAUCUGGAGAUCGGUCGUUUCAGACCAGCUGGACUCGUUUAUGGAUACAAGCGAUCCAACAAGCGAACGGCAGCACCAAGCGACUCAAAGGAAAUGCUCUUAUUUGUAGCGCUCAUUUUAUAUCGGGGGAGGCGUCCAUGGAAAAAGACAAUCCCGACUUUGUGCCCUCUGUGUUUACAUGCGCUAAACAGAGCCCGAGCCCCAAGAAAAGAGCUAAAUGGAUUUAUGGUCGUAGAAAAAGGCGGCGGCGUCAAGCCAAGGCGGAAAAAGAAAAAACAACCCCACCUAAAGUUGAGAAAGAAACAAAGACACCAUCAUCUCCAUCAGUGACAAAGGAAGGAGAAACAUUGACCAAAGAGGCUGAGACUAAGAAUGAAACCAAACCAAUCAAAUCACAAACAACAUCCAGCCCGAGCAAGGCACCCCCAUCAUUUAAACUUCCGGCAGGCAUCCCAACACUAGACAAAAUGAAUCCCAUUGUGCUCCUAAAAUCUGUAUUUGCAGCAGGUAAGUAUCAGUGUGAGCUGUGCACUCAGACCUUCACCGAUGCAUCGCAGCUUGUAAGACACAAAGAACUACAUGAAGAAGAAAGGCUAUUUGUCUGUGAAAUUUGUGGAAAGACCUUCACAAGUCUGUCAGAUUUCACUGAGCACCAGCGUGUCCAUGAGCUUUCCUUUCAGUGCAACAUGUGUGAUCGGUCUUUCACUACAAGUCAAAACCUCAAGCGUCACAAACUGCUGCAUGUCAAAGAUGGCAGGAAGUGCAGCAAGUGUGGCGUACUCUUCUGCCGGCGUCAUAACCACAUUUUAUUCCUGCCACAGUCAGAGUCUGAACAGGAUUCUUUCAUCAUUAAGACAGAGAACGAUCUGCUGAAGAAUCCUGAACUAAACCAGACUGCUGACCUGGAACCUGAUCCUCAGACCACCAUGACUUUAACACCUUCGCUGACUUCUACUGUGCAGACUAUUUUGCCUACUACUUCAAACCCUGGACCUGUAUCUUCUUCUGGACCUUUAUCUAAGACCCAUAAUGCCUUACCUCCAGCCUCACACAGAAGAAUCUUAUCAACAAUGCCUUUUCCAGUGUUGAUAAAACCGUUGCCUGUGCCACGCCCACCCCCGCCAGUACCCAGCAACUCAUUCAACAGCCACCCUGCAGCCUUCAUUCAGCCCCAUCUCCCCCAACAUCCAGAACUUCCACCCUCACUAAAGAUGUUUUCACCACAGUACCUCACCUCAGCUUUACUUGAGGUUACAAGAAAUUAUGACUAUAUUUUAUGUAAACCAACAGUCGUUCCGAAGAGUAUUGUUAAGGAGGAACAAUGUGAACUGCCUCUGAUUCCUCCAGAGGAGCAAAGCGUUGCGAACAACAAAAUGGAAAGAAUAGCUUAUGACCUGGAGGUUGUGCUUUGAUAUGAACAAUGGGGGGUUAUUUCUCACUUUUUAAAACAAACAAACUUCACUUUUUAUCGUAAAGCUAGUAAGACAUUAUGUUGUUUGCACAUCUGGUAGACAUUACAGCUAAAACAUAAACUCAUCUGGGUUAAUUCUACUGCCAGUGUGUCACUUUUGCCAUCUGUAUGGCAUGAAGUGGUCACUUUUUGUUCAACGUUCCUAUGAUAAAUGUAUACUGUGAAUGUAUUGCUGCACACUUCUCCCGAGUCUCUAUUUUCUUUGGCAGUUUGGCCUAAUCUGGUUCAGCACACCGGUAUAUUUUAAGGAAAGUAACUAAACUCAUAAUGCUGCUAUUUUUAUUCAGUAACAGUAAAUUGUAUUUAGGGUGCUGCCACUUUUUAAUCACUGAUGAGGUGAAAUUUGUUUUUCCACUGAACUGUAAGUAAGAAACAUCUGUAACUGACCUGAAUUGUAAAACUGUGCACCAGGUUUUUAUUUUGACUGCAGGCUAUCACCGGUACUUAAGAGUUUGUGGGGUAGUCAUCAGUUUAUUCUCUGCACAAAUGCACAUUGCUAUAGAUGAUAUCAUGGUUAUCAUUAUAACAGCAUAUCUGACAAUACGUGUCAGUGAACUCAGUUUUCUCAUCUACCUCAGCGACCGGGAACCACAUAGACAGUUGUUUAGAGUUUGUUGUUUUUUAUUAUAGAAGUUGUUUUUUCUUCAUGUGUACACAGAAAUACUGUAAUAAUUCCAGUAGUUGGGAUAAGCAAAUAUUACAUUUUUGAUUAAUAUCAUGUUUUUGAGUUGGCUCGUGUGCACUUAAAUGUGAAAGUAGCAGAAGGCAGAGUAAGCAAAGAGUAUUGAGCGAGGAAACUGCCUUUCAGAGACAUGUUUUUUUCCAUAACAGCAAGCAUGUUGUUAAGUUAACAACACAGUAGUUUUCCUGCUUGCUGCAGAGCUGUUUGUCUGUAGCUGACACUGAUCUCCAAGACUCUGUGAAGGAAAACAAGUCAAACAUUUUGCAUUAUUACUUCACUGUGUGCUUCAGAUGAUGCAGGACACCCACUGACUCUGAAGCUGCAGGUUUUAGACCGUUGUUAACCCAUCAGCUUGCUGGUAAUCUUGUUCUUGUGCAUUUUUAAAUCAACUUUAUAUCCGUUUCAGUCAUUACGUUCAAUGGAUGACAAUUUUAUUACAAUAAACU